AUGGCUCUGCAGAAGGCCCUUUCAUUGCUUCUGCUGUUGCUGCUGACCGUUCUGGGGCUGGGUCUGGUGCAGCCCUCCUAUGGCCAGGAUCGCAUGUACCAACAGUUUCUGCGGCAACAUGUGGAUCCUGAGGGGACUGGCAAUGAUGGCUACUGCAACUUGAUGAUGCAAAGAUGGAAGAUGACUACACACCAGUGCAAGUGCUUCAACACCUUCAUCCAUGAAGCCAUCUGGAACAUUCAUAGUAUCUGCAGCACCACCAAUGUCCAGUGCAAGAAUGGCAAGAUGAACUGCCAUAAGGGUGUAGUGAAGGUCACAGAUUGCUGGGAGACAGGAAGUUCCAGAGCUCCUAACUGCAGAUAUCAGGCCAAAGCCAGCACUAGGCAGGUUGCCAUUGCCUGUGAAGGUAAUUCGGAGGUGCCUGCGCACUUUGACAAAUAA